GGUUUUUCACUCCGAGACUUCCUUGCUGUGCUACUCGGAAAUGACGAGCUUUUACUACAUGGGACAGCGUGUAGCGUGACAAUUGUUAAUGGUGGAAUGGUGUCUGUCAUGUGUGUGAAAAGAAAAACAGUGCAAUAUAUCUUAAAGAUUAACAUGGGCUCAAUAAACAAUCGAUUAGUCAAAUUCGUUCUGUUGUCGAUCUGCAUUUAUCACGCCUCUGGCGAAAUGAAUAUGGAAAAUGCAGAAGGAUCGAUUUCGAAAACAGGAACAUCUAGAGAAAAUACUGAGCUGACUACGAUCCCGCAAUCUAUCAGGAGCAGACGAAACAAAGCGUACAGAUGGGAUUAUAACAGAGGUGACUACGCCGACCAUCACGACGAUCACGAUGAGGACAUGAAUGACGAGGAGAACGGUCAAACGAAAGCGAUGGAUCAACCUAAGACUGAUUAUUGGGCCGGCUAUUAUGAUUUUCUGAUAAACGAAGGAAGCUUCAAAUUCUGGGCUGUUUUUCAGCUCGCGACUGCGGCUCUUCUAAUCUACAGCGGUUUCGCGGCUCUCUACUACGCCAAAGUGAAUCCGCCGACCACGGACGAUUAUUUCGACGAUAUAAUCCGCCGGCGACGACGACGAAGAAGACGCCGCUCGCUUCCGCUCGCAGCCCGCGACAAACCCUUUGCCGGACUCGAUUCCAUCACGUUUCAAAGGAUAAUCGAGGCUGCUGAACGAGCGCGUUGAUUUUUUAUCGCUUCUUUGACAAAGAAAAAGUACACCAGUAUGCGAUAAAUAGAAAGUAAAUAAUUACAAGCGAUCUGUGGGGCAUUUCGAUGAGAUGAGUUUUUAAAAGUGCGAAUCGAAGAGACAUGGCAUGAGAUGCGAAAAUUCAAUCAAUCCCCUCUGUUUCCUGAAAAUGGGUGACUGCUUUUAAUCGGCAUAGAAUUAAUGAGCAUGAUAUAAUACUCAUAUGUAUAAGAAAUCUUUGCGAUAAAUUUCGAAAAUUAUUACUAAAUUAACAGUGUAUAUAACAUAGAGUGCAAUGUGUGCAUGUGUGUUUGUGUUAAUCCGUAAACUUCGGUACAUGUAUAAGAAUACAUUUGUAUAGAGAUAUUAAGAUUAAGAUGCGUGUAAGAUUAAAGAGAGAAUCGGGAAGAUUAAACGGGUGCGGAAAAUAAUGAGAGCAAAGCGACAGAUAGAUCAUGUUGUUAGGCUAGCAAACGUCGUUUUGAAAGGUAGUCGAUUAAACAAUUUGGCGACAACUCGAGUGUCACGUUCUCGGGCCCGGCCGA